GACGUCGACGUCACGUCACGUGAUGAAAACCUUUUCCGGAAAGGCGCGGCGCAAGAUGGCGGCGCCCUGGAAAGUGGGGAAGGUCCACACAACAGACUGUCCAGGGAAUUAUUCUGGAUAUGAUGAUGCCUGGGAUAAGAAUAGAUUUGAAAAGGACCCAAGGAAAAAAAACGCCAUGAUCUCUCUCCCAGGAGACUAGACUUAAAAUCUCCACAGCGAUGCUGCACUGCUGUUCAGUAGACUCUCUGACCCUUUUGCACAGUACCCAGAUGUUCAAUGCCUUUAGAAAUAGCUGCCUAGAAUAUUUGCAAAACUGUUAGCUUGGGCAUCUGUAAAGAGAAGCAGGCAGUGUUCGCACGGAGACUGAGACAAAGAAAAGAACAUGGUAUUUCCUUUGCGGGCUUUCUCAUAUCUGGCUCUCCUUUGCUGCUGGGUGCUGCUUGUCUUGGCCGUACAAGACAAGCAGCACUCCCCAGACCUUGACAGAAAGGAUGGUGCAAGUCCGGCUCAUCUCGAGAGGAGUGAACAGGCUGAGCCCUUGGUGUGGGAUGGUGGCGACGCUGCAGAGUUUUCUCUGGGAGUGUCUGAUGAGGCAGCAGUGGGGGGCUCCUUUUUCCAGCCUGCAGAGCCUCAUAUGGGGUUGCUAACAAUGGCUGCUGCUGCAGUGCCUUCCUUCCGUGGCCCUGGCAACAAUGACACCCGUGGCAACAAAGAACUGCCUAUCUUGUUGUGGUGGAGUGAGAGCCUUUUCCCUCACUUUCCUGGUGAGACAGAGCGCAUCGACUGCCCACGCAGCUCCUGCCUGACCACCAAGAACCGGCGAGUGAGGCUCCACCGGCGAACCCGGGCCCUCCUUUUCUAUGGCACAGAUUUCCGAGCCUAUGAGGCACCUUUGCCACGGCUGCCCCACCAGGCCUGGGCCUUAUUCCACGAAGAGUCCCCCAUGAACAACUACCUCCUUUCGCACCAACCUGGCAUCAGCCUCUUUAACUACACUGCCACUUUUCGCCGGGAGUCUGACUACCCAUUGAGCCUCCAGUGGCUGCCGGAUCUCACCUACCUACGCAGGCAACUGGCCUUCAGCCUGGAGGAGAAGGAGCGCUGGAGGAAGGGAGGCCUAGCCCCAUUGCUUUACAUCCAGUCCCACUGUGAUGUCCCGUCAGACCGGGACCGAUAUGUGCAUGAGCUCAUGAAAUACAUCAAAGUCGAUUCUUAUGGUAAAUGCCUGAACAAUCGAGAGCUUCCCAAUAUGAGGCUGGAGGACACUUCUACAGCCACUACUGAGGACUCUGAAUUCAUGACUUUUAUUUCUAAGUACAAGUUUCACCUGGCUAUGGAGAAUGCUAUAUGCCAUGAUUAUAUGACAGAAAAACUUUGGCGGCCAAUGCACGUUGGAGCUGUCCCUGUCUAUCGAGGCUCACCAUCAGUACGAGACUGGAUGCCUGAUGACCAUUCCAUCAUUCUCAUUGAUGAUUUUGGAAGCCCUAAAGAGCUAGCAGAAUAUAUCGACUUCUUGGAUAGGAAUCCAGAUGAGUACUUGAAAUAUUUAGAGUACAAGAGUCCUGAAGGUAUUAAAAACCAGUUCUUACUGGAAAGCAUGGAGAAGCGCGAAUGGGGAGUGAAUGAUAUGACACUGCCUAAUUAUCUGAAUGGGUUUGAGUGCUUUGUCUGUGACAGGGAAAAUGCGAGAAUCAAUGCAGAAAGAAACCAUAAGAGGACUCAUGGGAAACUGCCAGCUCCUGAACCUCAGAUAGCUCAAUUCUCACACAUGGGAUGUCCCCCACCUGCACCUGGAUAUGGAAACAUUGAGGACAUUCCUUCUGGGGACAGCUGGAAGGACAUGUGGCUACAAGAUUACUGGCAGAGUCUUGAUCAAGGUGAAGCGCUCACAGCUAUGAUUCACCACAAUGAAUCACAUCAAGGGAGAUUUUGGGAUUACAUGCACAAAAUCUUCAUAAGAAGAACUCAGCAAAACUGACUACGCCAUGUUGGCCCCAUGUAUAUGUCAUGAGCUAGUUUUGCGGCCAAAAUUAUGGAUUUUGAUAUGCCCCAUGGAUAGGUCAAGGGUAAAACUUAGGGGCAUGUAACAAAGGAUGGAAGAAGGAAAACAAUGCCAAAACAUUUAUACGAUUCUAGCAGUCAUAACUGUUUGUGCUCACACUAAAGCCUGAAUGGACAAGAGAGCAGAGGAGGGUGGUGCUUCCAGGACAGAGUAUAGUUCAUUUUUUAAUAAGAGUUAAAGUACAGUAUUAUCAUUGACCCAUGGAUAAGUCGACUCAGGUUUUUUUGGGUCAAUUUUUGACUAAAAUUUAGAGACUUAAACAUGAGUAUAUACACCAUAUACCAAUUAAGUAUUUUUAAAUUAAUCAGAAAAAGAUAGAUGUUCUAAGCCAUGAAAAGACAAAAUCAUACCUGUACCAAAACCGAAGGUCUUGGAUAACUUGGAAAUAAUACUUUAUAUUUUCUUCUGCUGUUGAGACUACUUUUUCAUGACUAAAAGUCCAAAUUUGGACCAAAUUUUGCUGUUGCUUCCUUUGCUACUGAAACCUCAUCUUUGGGCCAAAGAAAAACAUUUAGGGUUUUUGUUGCUUGAAAAGUAUUUUAUGAAGUAUCAUUUUUAUAUUUGUACCAGUUUACUUUGAACAGUGCCUAUUGGACUUAGAUGAAAAUAACUCUCAAAUGGUUCUCCUUCCUUUAAUAAUUAUUCAACAUUAAUUUGUGGAGUUUUCCACACCAAAAAAUGCCCUUCCUUGACUGCUGUCUGUUUCAACAGCAAUGUGUGCAUUUGUUUUAACAAUGUUUUUGUCAUAAAUAAUGAAGACUGGUGCUGAUAAAAACAUCCCCCCCCCCAAAAAAAAAAACCUUUAGAAAGGCUGAAGGUAUAGCAGCUAUAGGGCCCAUGCCAAGACAGUGCAUGUAGUUCAGAUAGAAUACAUCACAGCAGAGAUCAAAGCCAUAAUUUGCUUACACAGUUAUCUACCUUUGGGAUGGAGGCAGAGGGUGAAUUUAGGAAGAGAGACCCCGCCCGAAACACCUCUGAGGUGGCGCCAUACAGCCAAACCCUCAUUUUCAUUGUGGUCAGUACACUUUGUCUCAAAAAAGGUUGUCACAAGGAUGCAGUAUGGGAGAAAACAAGCAGAAUCAUAUUGCUACUGACUGGAGCAUGUCUAGAGGUGGGUGACCAAAAUGAUGAAAGGUCUGAAGAACAUGCCUUAUGAGGAGAGACCUAGGGAGUGAGUGCUGGUUGUGUUCAGCCUGGAGAAGAGAAGGUUAAGAGGUGA